AAAAACAACUUGUGGUCCCAAAAAUCCGGAUUCCUACUGUCACAAAGAUAUGGUAGUACUGAUGACAUACAUAAGUCUUCCUAAUUGAUUAACAAACUUUUCGUCUACCAUGUGCUUCAAAUCAAGAGAUAAAAUCUGUUAAAAAGGGUCAGCUAUAAAGGUGUAUAUACAAAAGCCACACUGAAAAAUUACUAAGUCGCAUUCAAAGGAGGAAACAAAUAGUUUUAUUAUGGGUGUUGUUGAAUUUCUUAGACCCUUUGUUGAGACCAAAGCUUGGGAUUAUGUUGUUGUUUGGAAAUAUGGAAAUGAUCCAACUAGGUUUAUUGAGUGGUUAGGUUGUUGCUGCUGUGGUGGAAACAUUGAGAAAGUGAAGUUGAAAGAGGAAAUUUGUGAAGAAAAUAAUUUGGCUUCCAUUUGUAGGGAUACCCUUUUUCAUCAUCGAGUUAAAACCAAGACUUGUGAAGCUCUUGCCAAGCUUCCUUUUACAAUGUCUCUUUAUUCUAGUGUCCAUGCAGAGGUAGCAAUAUCACAACAACCAAGAUGGCUUAUCCAUGAGGACUCAGUUGGAACUCAAGUUUUAAUCCCUAUUAUUGGCGGUCUUGUUGAGCUUUUCACUGCAAAGCAUAUUCCCGAAGAUAUAAAUAUCAUGAAGUUCAUAUCAGCACACUGUUGUGUCUCUAUAAAGCAAGAAGCCAUAUCGGCACAUAGCUAUGCCAACACGAACUUCAAUUUUAGCAUGGAAGGACACUUUGGUGAAUCUAAUCCUUCAACUGAGCACUUAACAUUUGAUUCAAACUAUGGUUGCUUGAUUCCUCUUGAAUAUUUGAAUCAACCACUUAAAAGUCACAAACACAAUAAAAUUCCAGUGAAACGUUGUAGUUCGAGUGUCGAUUGUGGAAAUGGCGAAGAAAAUAAAGAAAAUAUUGUUAAGGAGCCUCGAGAGAAAGUGUAUCAUGCUAAAAAUCUUAUCACUGAGAGGAAUAGGAGGAACAGAAUAAAACAAGGGCUUUUUACUCUAAGGUCUCUAGUCCCGAAUAUAACCAAGAUGGACAGAGUAGCAAUUCUUGAGGAUGCGAUUGAAUAUAUAAUGGAAUUGCAGAGGCAAGAGACGGAACUUCAAGAAGAGGUCAAGGCUUUAGAAGUUGAGGACUGUGAGAAAGACAAAGAACUUGCAGAAGGAACCAGAAACCUACCUCUCAUUGAUCUUAAUCAAUGUUCGUCUGAUUCCACUAGAAAGACACAGAUGGAGUUGCAAGUAGAAGUGAAUCAUAUCGCCGGAAAAGAUUUCAUGAUUAAGUUGUGCUGUGAGCAGAAGCAAGGUGUGUUUUCAAGGUUGAUGAAAGCAAUAGAUUCAUAUGGACUGCAUGUGUUAAGUGCAAACAUGACCACAUUUGAUGGCAAAGUUCUGAACAUUCUUAUGGUUGAGGCAACUGCGCAGGAUAUUCAUCCGAAGAAACUUAGAGAGUAUUUGAUGCACCAAACAAGGUAAUGACAGACAAAGCAAUUAAGAAGUUGAGAAAAAUGAUGGUGUCGUUAUUAUCUAUAAACUCGUUCGCUGAAAAUUGGUUAUUAUCUGUAAAUAGAAACACCACAACUUCAUAGAAAAAGUUGGACUAAAACAUAAAUUGAAUAUUCAUUUUUUCUUGGAUU